GUGUUUUGUAUACAUUUCUUGCAAAUAAAUACUGCCGUUUAUUAUUCGGACAUAUAAGCGUUAAAUCUUACAAUCUUAGUCUAUCUUAACUCAACAUUCAAAAAAAAAAAAAAAAAAGUUUAUUACGCAAAAAAUAUACAAAAUAUGUAAAACAAAGAAUACAAAAAUAUGUCAAAAAAAUAUGAAUUGAAAAAAACCAAGCAAUUAUCACUUAGUGAUUUUCUUGGCUGUCCGGAAAUCGAAAGCCAAGAACCAGCAGUCAAAAAAAUGAAUCCCAUUUAUUUGGAUUCUUCGGAGGAAGACGAAGAAGAGGAAAAAGAAAUAAGAAAAACAACUAACAUCAUUAACAAGGGCGAUAUUAACACUACCACAAGAAUCUCCGUUAAGAAAUAUUUAUUUGAUGAUGUGUCCAAAUCGUCCCUAGCUGCGCUUACUCCUAAAAAAAUUAAACCACUUAAUAUACAAAGUAAGGAAAACAGUACGAAUUUGAACAGAUUGGAAAGCUCAUAUUCUCCUAUUAAAAUCGACUUGAAUAACAUAGAUGCUUUACAUCAAAAAACUAUGGAAAAUUUAGAAAACAAUAUUGCGAAAGUAAAUAAUGAACGAAAUAUUUAUACCAUAGCUAUUGACAAAAAUUUGCCCUUAUUAUUGUCGGAAAAUACCUCAUUCAAACAUUGCCAAACAGCUCCCAAAGAUUUAGACACUACAUCCAAUGCAAGUAGUAAAUGCGAUAGAAAAAUAAGGGGAAAUACCAUAAAAUCGAAAGAAGAAAAUCCCGGAUUUUCGCCUUCAAAUUCGUUAAACAAAAGUGGUGAUGGAUUAGUAAACAAAGGCUUGCAACAAAUAUUACCACAAAAGCCUAAAGUAAAAAUUAUGUUUGAAAAGGGCUUAAAUGAGUAUCUGUGUGACUUAGUAAAAAGCAUUUACUUUGAAACUAACACUGAAGAGAAUGACAUCCAUGUAAUUAAAGCUACACUUGGAUUUUUCAAAAGCACAUCCUUGCAAUUAAUGGAAAAAUAUUGUAAUAUAGUGGAUCAAAUACCACCUGAUUAUUUUAAUGAUAUUGAGGGGUUUGAGACUGGAACUUUUCUUAAAUUAAAAAUUAUGCGUCAAAAGUUUAAAGCGAAAUCAAAAUUACUGCAAAAUUGCAUGGAUAGAUUAGAGAAGGAAACCAAAAUGAUGGGAGAGCUGCAACAUCAUGCAGGGUCUAUAGAUUUUGACGUGGAUGCUAUGGAAGAAGAAGAACGUCGCGUUAACGCUGAACAGGAAGAACUUCAUAAAUUUAAUAAAGAAAGUUUAAAAAGAAACGAUUUGGACAUGAAGUAUUGUGACAAUGUCGCAAAAGAUGACAUAGUGAGAAACACAUCCCUGCAGUCAAACGAACUAUUACGCCUACGUGAAGAAUUGGUUCAUGAUCUGUGUGAAGAAUCUGAAGAAGAUGAAGCAACCAAUAGAAAGGAAAAUGAUCUGGAUAAAACUUUUUGUUCCGAAUUUGAACAUGAGGGAAAAGAAAAUCCGAAUGCAUUGCAGGUUAAUAAUAAGGAAAGCGCAAUAGUUGAUUACGAAAAUGAUGGUGAUUGCGAAUUAGAUGAUUUAUUAAAUGAUCUUAAAAAUCAUGAAGAAGAACUGAAUGGUCGUAAGUGUUUGUAUGACGAAUAUGUUUACGCCGACUAUGAGAGAGAGAAAAAACAGAAAAAACAAAAGGAAAGUGCAAAUGUUCAACGUAUAAUGUUUCCUGUAGAACAUCCACGUGUUGCAACACCUGAAUUAGACGAGGAUGGGUUUCCGGUUUACGAUGCAGAACAAUUUGAAAUGGCUUUUUCGCAAGCUGCUUCUAAAUUUAAAACGUCCACUUUGGAUUCAUCUAAUAAAUUAAGUUAUGUAAUUAAUUCUUCCCAACAAGCAAUAGAUGAUGACCUUUGUGUCAUUAAUUUAGACGACAGUUUACCAAGUACCAGUCAUGAUGCUCGCUUGCAGCAAAGGAUGAUUGCUAGCUUAUCAACAACAAGUACAACGCAAACUUCUCAAAAAGUUGAAGGCAAAUUUCAUUCAAAUGUUCAUAAUGAUGGUACAACUGGUGAAUUUGAUGGAUUGGAUUACCCUUAUUCGAAACAUAUGAUGGAAUUGCUACGUUUCAGUUUCGGUCUGACUAGUUUUCGUCCAAAUCAGCUACAAGUUAUUAACGCUGCUUUGCUACGUCAGGACUGUUUUGUUUUGAUGCCCACUGGAGGUGGCAAAUCAUUAUGCUAUCAAUUACCUGCCAUUAUGAACCCAGGUAUAACCAUUGUAAUAAGUCCUUUGAAAUCAUUGAUCAUAGAUCAGGUCAAUAAAUUGGCUUCGUUGGAUAUUAAUGCGACAAAACUUUCUGGCGAGCAAAGCCAGCGAGAACAACAUAUUAUUUACAACGAUUUACAAUCAGAAGCGCCGCUUAUUAAAAUCUUGUAUGUAACACCUGAAAAGAUUUCAGGUUCCACUAAGUUUCAAGAUUUACUUGACGAUCUGUAUCGCAAGGAGAAAAUUAGCCGGUUUGUAGUCGAUGAAGCUCAUUGCGUAUCGCAAUGGGGCCAUUUUCGUCCCGACUACAAACGCUUGGGUAUAUUGCGUCACCGUUUUCCUAAUGUGCCGAUGAUGGCUUUAACGGCUACUGCCACCCCACGCGUACGUAUGGAUAUUCUACGCCAGCUGAACUUAACGAACACAAAAUGGUUUUUGUCUAGCUUCAAUCGCAGCAAUCUGAAAUUUUCAGUUGCACCAAAAAAGGGAACUCAGGUUGCAUUGGAAGACGUUAAGAUUUUCAUACGUUCUCGUCCUUCUACACAUAGUGGUAUUAUUUACUGCUUGUCACGAAAUGAAUGUGAGCAAGUCGCCAAAAGUAUGUGCAACGAUGGAAUAAUGGCAUGCGCAUAUCAUGCUGGACUCACGGAUAGUGUAAGGGAGUCCCGACAAAAAGAUUGGAUAACAAACAAGUGCCGUGUGAUAUGUGCGACAGUCGCUUUCGGUAUGGGUAUCGAUAAGCCCGAUGUUCGUGUAGUCUUACAUUUCUCUAUGCCCAUGUCGAUUGAAGGUUAUUAUCAGGAAGCUGGACGUGCUGGCCGAGAUGGCGAAAUAGCUCAUUGUGUUUUAUACUACAAUUACAGUGAUAUGUUACGUUAUCGCAAAAUGAUGGAUAAGGAUCGACAAACGUCAUUUGAAGUUAAACGAAUAAACACAGAGAAUUUGCAUCGCAUUGUGGGCUAUUGUGAGAACGUCUCUGAUUGUCGUCGUUCCCAGCAAUUGGACUAUUUUGGCGAACACUUCACUAGAGAGCAAUGCAUGCAAAUGCGUCAAACUGCCUGUGAUAAUUGCCUAAAACAGCAGGCGUACGAAAACAUUGACGUCGUGGAACACUGCCGGAAGGUUGUACGAUGUGUGACCGAUUUGUGUAAUGGGCGCUCCCGUUUUACAUUAUUGCACAUAGCCGAUGUUCUUAAAGGUUCUAUGAUUAAAAAAAUCGUUGAUUAUGGUCAUAAUAAAACUUCAUACCAUGGCAUACUUAAGGACUGGGAUAAAUCUGAUAUUCAAAGCUUAUUACGAAUUAUGGUUACUAAAGAUUACUUACGUGAAGAGUUAAUAUUUACCAACGACAUACCCCAAGCUUACAUAUACUUGGGUUGUUGUUCCCCAAAACUUAUGAAGGAGAAUGUAAAAAUUAGUUUCUCACGGGCAAGAAAAGGUGGUCCUAAACCGUUAACACUAAAUAAUGAGAUCAUACAUAGUUCAAUAGUGACUGUGAACAAAAGCGAUAGUGUUGAGGCUAAACUUCGUGAAAUUAGUGCUCGUUGCUAUGAAGAUCUAUUAGAUUUAUGUCGCACGUUCGCAGCGGCGCGUAAUGUCGCCAUGGCCACUAUCAUGAAUAUACAAGCUCUUAAAGCUAUGUCUAAUCAACUACCAGAAACUGCGACCGAUAUGUGUUCCAUGCAACAUGUUACUAAAGCUAACUUUGAUAAAUAUGGCGAAAAGCUAUUAGAAAUAACGAGACACUACGCUGCGGAAAAAUUGUGCUAUCUAAUGGAUUUAGAAGAUCAACAUGAAGCAGAAAAUAAGAGCAAUAAAGAGACAGUUACGCGUAAACGUGCAUCCACUAAUCAAAUUUAUAAUUUCGAAAAAAGCGAUGCGGAGAAUGACGUUGAAGACUGGGAACGUGCCGUGGCUAUGCAAGGCAUUUCUUAUAAUAAUGUUGGAAGUAAUACAAAUCCAGUGCUUAAACGUAAAGGUGCUUGGCGAGGCAGAGGAUCAAAAAAAUUUCGUCGAACAUCUUCUGGACGUAGAAGCAGUAACUUGAGUUCAUCUUCUGCUCAUAAUUCACCUAAACGAAGCGCUAGUAAACGUUUCAACAAUUCUCCUCGUAAAAGAGCAGCUCCCAAACGUGGCCGUAAAGCUGGAAGCAGAGAAGGGGGUGGUGAUGGGUGUCGGAUAUCCAAAAAAACAAAUCGCACCUGUGAUUUCCAAUUAAUGCCUAUACCCCAGUCAAAAUAAUACCAAUCCCAAUUUUUGCUACCUUCUAAUUAAUUCAAAUUGUAGCUCGGAAUCAUAAUUUAGAGUUAAUAUUAAUUACUAUAAAAAAUCUCUUGUUGUUUUAUUUUUGUAUAUAAAUUUUACAUCAUAGAGUAAAGAGUGCUUGGCUCUUCGAAAAAUACCGUUUUAACAGGUGUAAUAUUAGGCUAAGUUAUUAACUGCUGAUUUUAUUUAAUAAUAAACCGCAAAUCAUUAUGUAACACCUUUCUGAGCUCGUUUGCUCCUCCUCAGUAGUAUUUCGUUUCAUAUCCAGCAUGUUGGUGGCGCCUCCAUUACUAAAUUAACCAUAGUUUAGAUAAAGAUCGUUUAUAUAUCAAUCCCCUUAAGAAGUUUAUAUAUGUUUA